UUUUUGUUAAGUUCACCAGCGUCAACUCAACAAUUGAACCUGGAUCCAGACAUCCUCUGGAUAGAGAAUGAAAUUGUCAAAAACUACGAGUUCAAGAAACACCCGCAAAAAGAUGAGUGGGUCCAGCAACCGAGUUUUGAAAAUUUCCUAAUUGCAAAAACCGAAGAAUUAACCACAUUUGCAUCACUUGCUGGAAAGGCUCAGAAAUUUUUUACUCAAACAGAAAACAACGAUUGGGAUCGAUCCAAAAAGACUAGGAGCUGCAUCAACCUCCUCUACAUAACAGCCGCUAGAUAUCUCUUGGUAACCUAUAUUCUGUACGAACAGAGCGGCACACGUUUGACUGCUUGUCAAGAAGUCAGAGAUGAUUACGGCAAACUGAUAAGCCUUGUGAUCCCUGAUUCUGGAGUGUGUUUUCCUAAGCCUUACGGAAGCGCCACUUGUAAAUCAGACUACGACGUUGGGUUAAUUGGUAAAGAUGCUGGUUUUCUGGCGAAGAAGUUUAACGACUUUUUUGAAAUUACGUUUGGAAAACCGUCAGAGCUUGUUUUUGAUACAAAUGUUUACGCGUUCACACUGGAGUUUGCAAUGCCCUCCAUAUUUCAAAAGCUCCCACGUGAGUUUGCUAACUCUGUAGCACGAAAGGAGCAAACAGUGAAUUUCAAAAUGCAGGAAUUGGCCAGUGCUUACUAUAAGGUCUUCAAGUAUAACAAAGGCUUCUUCGACGCCUUGACGAGUGGAGCUAUUAAUGAAAUGGGUCAAAAAUUCAAAGACUCGCUGAACUCUUGGCUGGCGGCAUUCCAGAAUUUGGAUAAUCAAAGCCCAAUGAGACACCUUGAAGGCACAUCCCUCAAAGACUUUAGAAAAACUCAUAACGAUCAGUACCAAUUGCGCGUGGAAACAAUGUCAAACAAUGGCGGAUACAACGCAGAAAAUUUAGGUAAUUUUUAAAAGUAUACAGUCGAACCUCCACGAACGGCCACCUCUCUACAACGGGGUCUUUCUUCUGUCCUCAAGGUUGCAGUUGUGGAGAAGGUUUCCACUGUCAUUGCAUUUUUUUUACCAACGUGCUCGUCAGGAUACGUGGGGGAGGGUAGAGAUUUUCCUUCCCGGUCUCUCUUCAGAGAUGAUUGGUGGUCCGAGUAGCAUAAAUCUGUUUUCAUAAGCAGGUUAUUUUCUUGUUUGAAAACUCAGGGACAAGAUAAACUGAUUAUAAUAAACAUAAACAUAAACAUAACAACUUUUUUUAAGUGUCGAUGUCUCUAGCUUAUAAAAGCUAAUUGGAGACACUAAAAUAAUAGGAAAAAAUAAAAAAUAUAUAAAAUGAGUUUAUACACGGUAUAGGUAAAUUUAUAAUUCUCAAACAUCUAAAAAUUACAAAAAGUUAAAAGACUACAGAGUUUUCCCCACUAAAAUAUGCAGAAAAUGCUAAAAAUAUUUCUAAAAAUUCUCAAGAACUACAUUGUACAAAUAAGACAGGAGCCACAGUUGUCACUUACAAGGUUAAUACGCCACAUGCUGGACUUAAAGGAUUGUAGCUAGGGUAGGUUUGUUCUUGAUUUUGCUGUCCAAUCUAAACAAUAUAUGUGGUCCAAAGUACCUUAUAGAAUGUUUCCCGUAAUUAAAGUACACUAUUUUAAAAAUCUGGGUAAAUGAAAAUCCAUAUUUCUUAAGUGCUAUUUGGAUGACUUAACACUAAAAAUGCCAACGACAUUACUAGGUACCAAACCAUAUUUAACUUUAUACUUGAGGUAGCAAGAUCUUGUAAACGCCUAUUUUUGUAGGCCAGGUAGAUUGGCCCGCUCCUGCGAACCACUAUUCACCUCCCCUUCGGGGGAUAGUUGAAUAUUACUCAUGAAGUUUUGUUCCAUAGGUAUUCUCGCUGAGGCCUUACUCUACGCAGCAGAGGCAUAUCACACCCGCGGUGCCAUACGACAUGUAGUGGGAGGAAUGCAGCUAAAAGUAAUGGGUAGACUUGUACAAUACAACAAUCCACUCUCAACUCACGACCUGUGGGUGUCAAUGAUUGAAAACUGGGGAGAAUCGAACAAAGAAUACAACCACUGCAAUCAAGACCCUGUUCCCACUCUGAACAAAUGCUUCCUCAAGAUGAGUAAAUACCUUUCAAGGAUGUUCAACGCGAUGAGACUGCUCCGUACCCGCGUACCACCCAACGACAGAUUUACACUGUUAGAUUUUGGCGAUCCUAAGGACCCUGAAUACGCUUCGCUCAUGUGGCUGCGAUACAAAAAGGAAGGAAAGACGGAGAUUCCUGAAGACACAAACAACAGGAUCCGACUCUUCUUGGACAAGUUUGAAUGUCAAGCAGCAGCUAAAACACAAAAUUUGGGAUCCAUAAAACUCUCCCCGGAGUGUUUAGGCAAUAUACAAAAGAAUGUAAAUCUUUACAAUGUGAAGUUGGCAGGUGCACUUACGCAAGGCUGA